GGUGCGCGUGGAGCGGGAGAGCGGCGAGGUGAUGCUGAGCGCGGCCCUGGACAGGGAGGCGGCGGCCGCCUGGGAGAUCGUGGUGUGCGUCCAGGAGCGCGGAGGGAAGGAUUGGUACUUGGUGCACGUGUCCCUCACUGUGACAGACGUGAACGACAACGUCCCCGCCUGGGCCAUGGAGCCCUUCCCGUUCCUGGCUGUGGUUUCCCCUGAAGCUCCAGGAGGUACUGAAGUGUACAAGCUGCUUGCUGUGGAUGCAGAUGAAGGGAUCCAUGGAAUUGUGGAAUAUUUUCUCUUGGAAGGUGGCGAAGACAGAUUUGAAGUUGAGAAGGACUCUGGCUGGAUUAAAACAACAGGUUUGCCAUUGGUGAGGGACAAGGAGUAUUUGCUGACUGUGCUGGCAGCAGAUAAACUUGGAAGCAGAGGGUCUCCAGCCUCUGUUUCUGUUCUUGCUGGAUUUCGACCACCACAGUUCACCAACAUGUCAUACUUUGUGUAUGUCCCUGAGAGUACACCACAAGGAGAACCCUUUCUUACAGUCACUGCUGUGUCAUAUCAAAAGAAAUCCCUGAGCUACAGUUUACUCACUAAUCCUGGUGGUCUAUUCAGUAUUGAUCAGGCAACAGGAGAGAUCAGUUUAACUCGCAGUGUGGAUUAUGAGAGUGACCCACACCAGUAUCUGCUUUUGGUCAGAGCAGAGGAGGACGAGGAACAGUUCAGCAGUGCUGCUGAGGUUUUGGUUGUAAUCACAGAUGUGAACGAUUGUGCCCCCGAAUUUCAUCAGUCGAUUUACAGCAAAGUCGGUGUUCCUGAAACAGUUCCUAUGACAACUGCACUUCUGCAAGUGACAGCCACUGACUGUGAUUCCAAAGAGAAUGCCCAAUUGCUGUAUUACACGCUGAGUCAAGACUUUGGUAUCACUUCUCAUGGCACCAUUUUUCCAGCGACACGGUUGGACUACGAGCGACCCAACCACCUUUAUGAGUUCAUCGUCAUGGCUGUGGAUCAAGGGGAGGAGCCAAAGACUGGGACAGCAACUGUCAGGAUCCACGUUUCAAAUGUGAAUGAUGAAGCACCUGAGUUUUCCCAGGCAAUCUACAGGAGUUUUGUUUCUGAAGAUGCAGGCCCAAACACCCUGAUUGCUACAGUUAAUGCUGUUGACCCUGAUGGAGAUGGUGUGACAUAUGAGAUUCUGUCUGGGAAUCAGAAGGGAAACUUUGUUAUUGACCCUAAGAAAGGGCUAGUUAGACUUCGCUCAAGCCCGUUUCCUAAGCUGCAGGGGACAGAAUAUGUGCUUAAUGUCACAGCUACUGAUGAUAAUGCCUCUGGAGGGCCCCAUCCCCUUACAAGUACUGCCCAGGUUGUUGUGAAAAUUGAUGAUGUCAACAAUAACAAACCUGUCUUUCAAAAGUGCCAGUAUUAUCGGGAACAUGCUUCUGUCUUGGAAAACCAGCCUUCAGGGACAGUUGUACUGCAGGUUGAAGCCACUGAUGCUGAUGAAGGAGCCAAUGGUAUAGUGAAAUAUGGCUUGAUGCACAGAGAUGGUGUCCUACCAGCAUUUACUAUUCAUCCUGACACAGGAGUUCUGACAACUGUUCAGGUAUUUGAUCGAGAGAAACAGAGGGAAUAUCCCAUCACUGUGACAGCAACAGAUCAGGCAGCGGAACCACUCAUUGGAAUAUGUCAGAUAAAUGUUGUCAUCCUGGACCAAAAUGACAAUGACCCCAGAUUUGAAAACACCCACUAUGAAUAUUUCUUAAGAGAGGACACAACAGUUGGGACCAGCUUCCUGCGUGUCGCGGCCCGGGACGAUGACUACAGCUCAAAUGCUGCCAUCACAUAUUCCAUGGCAAAUGAAGAACCAAAUUACUUUCAGAUUAAUCCUACUACAGGCUGGGUGUUUGUGAACCAACCCAUAUCUCAGAGAUCAUCUAUAAUUCGAGAGGUUAUUGCUACAGAUGGAGGCAAUAGGAGCACUAAAGUUGAACUUGCUGUAACUGUUACCAGUGCAAAAAACCAGCCUCCACAGUGGGAAAGAGACAGCUAUGAAGUUGUUAUUCCAGAGAAUAUUACACGAGAUGCCUCAGUUUUGACAAUCAAAGCCACUUCUCCCCUUGGUGAUCCCCGUGUGACUUACAACCUGGAGGAGGGACUUGUUCCAGAGACCAACAUGCCAGUUCGCUUCUACCUGACUCCAAACAGACAUGAUGGUUCUGCCUCAGUCCUGGUAGCUGAGCCCCUGGACUAUGAAACAACAAAGAGCUUUCUGCUGAGGGUUCGAGCACAGAACGUUGCUGCAGUUCCUCUGGCAGCGUUUACCACGGUCUAUAUCAAUGUCACAGAUGUCAAUGACAAUGUCCCAUUCUUCACUUCAUCCAUCUAUGAAGCCUCAGUAACAGAGGGAGCUGAUGUUGGGACAUUUGUCAUUCAGGUGUCUGCCACCGACCUCGACCUUGGUCAGAAUGGAGAGAUAACUUACUCCCUGUUACAUGACAGUGGCAGAGACUACGCCCAUUUUCGCCUGGACUCCCAGACAGGCUCAAUAUACACGGCCUCAGUGUUUGACAGAGAGAAGAAGGGCUCCUACCUUCUAGAAGUCAAGUCAGUGGAUGGCUCUGAAUCAGCCAGACCUGGAAAACACGGGAAGCCAAACUCUGACACGGCCUAUGUGCGUGUUUCCAUCAGUGAUGUGAAUGACAACGAGCCUGUCUUUGCUCAAAGUGUCUAUGAAGUAAAUGUGGAUGAAGACCAGGAUGUGGGCUCCACUAUUGUCACAGUCAGUGCUAACGAUGAAGAUGAAGGAACAAAUGCUAAAUUACGGUAUCAGAUCACAGCUGGAAACACGGGAGGAGUCCUUGAUGUCGAUCCAGAAACAGGAGCCAUUUUUAUUGCCCAACCACUGGACUAUGAAGAAACAAAAAUGUAUGAGAUUCACUUGUUGGCCUCUGAUGGGAAAUGGGAAGAUUACGCAGUUAUCAUCAUCAAUGUCAUGAAUAAAAAUGAUGAGGCUCCAGUUUUCUCUAUCAAUGAAUACUAUGGAAGUAUAAUUGAGGAACUGGAUGCGUUACCAGUCUUUGUACUUCAGGUCAUGGCAAGUGAUCCUGACAGUGAUGUGGAUGAAGGAGAUUUGAGAUACUCAUUGCACGGGUAUGGUGCAGCUGAUAUUUUCACAAUAGAUGAGAAAACGGGCAGCAUUUACUCACACAAGACGCUGGACAGGGAGGAGAGAGCGCUGUGGAGGUUUAUUGUGUUGGCUACUGAUGAAGGUGGAGGAGGACUCACAGGGUUUGCUGAUGUGAUUAUUAACGUGUGGGAUAUAAAUGACAAUGCACCCGUGUUCAUGUGCAUGCCCGAUGACUGCAAUGGGAAUGUGUUUGAGAACUCUCCUGUGGACUCUUUAGUCAUGGAAAUGGGUGCAGUUGAUCGCGAUGAUCCAAACGUAGGUCUUAAUGCUGUCCUGACUUACAGGAUAACGGAGAAUGUGAAAAAUGAGUUUGGUACUGACAUGUUUAAUAUCAAUCCCAAUACCGGUACAAUCCACGUUGCAGGGGGAAUGCUAGACAGAGAAAGGACUGAAAAUUAUUUUCUUACUGUGGAAGCAAGAGAUGGGGGAGGGUUAACAGGAACUGGCACUGCCACUGUCUGGGUUGCAGACAUCAAUGAUAACGUACCUGCGUUCACAAAAAAGAUGUGGCAGGCAACAAUUCCUGAAAACAGAGCCAUUGACUCUGAGGUUUUGCAGGUCUGUGCUACAGAUGCAGACAUUGGGGAAAAUGCAGACUUAACAUUCAGUAUCAUUGGGGGAGACCCAGAUCAGAAGUUUUACAUUGAGAAUGACAAAGAAUGGCAAUGUGGCACUAUCCGACUGAAAAAAAAAUUGGAUUUUGAGAAUGCACGUGAAAGAAAGUUUAAUCUGACGGUUACAGUGGAAGAUAUGGAUUUUUCAAGUAUUGCAGUGUGCCUGAUUGAGGUUGAAGACUCCAAUGACCACAGCCCAGCUUUCCUUUCUCAAUUUAUUCAGACAAACCCGUUACUUGAAAACAUGCCUGUAGGUACUACAGUAACCACAGUGAGAGCUAUGGACAAGGAUUCUGAUUUGAAUGGGAAGAUUGUAUAUUCUAUAAAGUCAGAUUCGGAUCCUAUGAGACAGUUUGUGGUUGACCAAUAUGGUCACGUGGUUGUGGCAAAUACCCUGGACCGUGAAGUCAUUGAGAAAUACAGUUUAAUUGUACAAGCUGCAGACCAAGGGACACCUGCCCGCACUGGGAGUGUUACAGUUUUGAUUAACUUGCUUGAUAUUAAUGACAAUGGGCCAAGGUUUGAGGCACCAUACAUGCCUGUAGUUUGGGAGAAUAGACUGAAGCCUGAAAUAGUUCAUAUGAACCACACAUCAAAACUGCUUCACGCAUUUGAUCCGGACAGUGAGGAAAAUGGGCCACCCUUCACGUUUUCCCUGCCACCACAUUAUCAGAACUCUUUGGAUUUUUCUCUUACUGACAAUGGAAAUAGCACAGCAACUGUAACUGCUUUGAGGUCCUUUGACAGAGAAAAGCAGAAGGUGUUUCAUCUGCCAGUAGUUAUCACAGAUAGUGGGAUUCCACCUAUGAGCUCUACAAACACCCUGACUAUAACAGUUGGUGAUGAAAACGACAACUGCCAUGAGUCUGGCCAUAAGGAAGUCUACGUGUACAGUUACAAAGGAAAAUGGUCAACAACAGUGCUUGGGGAAGUGUUUGCACCAGAUCAAGAUGACUGGGACAAUAAAACAUUUCUCUCUGAAGGGAAACUGCUCAAUUCUUUCAGAUUAAAUCAGAGGACCGGGUCUUUGCUGAUGGUGGAUAAUACUCCUCAGGGAAUAUACAACUUAAAGGUUAGAGUUUCUGAUGGAGUUUGUCCUGAUGUUAUAUCUACAGUACAAAUCCAUGUCAGAGAGCUGGAAAAUGAAGCCAUACAAAACUCAGCCACUGUGCGUCUGUCAGAUGUGACAGCAGAGGAGUUCAUAAGGAGAGAUGAACACGGCAAAACGAGACAUGGAGAGUUCAAGGAGUUACUUUCAAAAAUGUUUUCUGCUAAGCUGAGUGAUGUCAUUGUCUUCAGUGUGAUGAACAGGGGUGGAAAACAGACAGAUGUCAGAUUUGCAGUCCGUGGUGGCUCAGCAUAUUACAGACCUGAGAAACUGCACGCUGAGAUGGCAGCGUUUAAAAAUGAGAUCCAGUCAGCUUUGCAGCUGAACAUCUCCCAGAUCGAUGUGGACGAAUGCAGGAGUGCAAACUGCAGUGAGGGCUGCACAAACCACCUGAGGGUGGGCGACAUUCCAACAGUGAUGGACACUGGGAGCGUGUCCUUUGUCUCUCUCACAACCACCGUCCACCCGAUCUGCGGCUGCUCCGCCCGGGAACGACUCCACCAGCCCUGCUCCUCCUACCCUCGGAGCCCCUGUCUCAAUGGGGGCAUCUGUACUGACACCUUGAAUGGCUACAGAUGUCUUUGUCCGGCUUCCUUUCAUGGACCAGAGUGCCAGCAGACUAAGCACAGUUUCCAUGGAAAUGGAUAUGCAUGGUUUCGUCCCAUCAGGCCUUGUUUUGAAAGCUCACUCUCUCUAGAGUUUAUUACUGUGGUUCCAGAUGGACUUUUACUAUAUAGUGGUCCUUUAUCAAAUCCAGAACCUGGGAAUACAGAAAACUUCAUUGCAAUAGAACUCUCCAGUGGUAUUCCUGUGCUGAAGAUGAGCCACGGCUCAGGCUUUGUGGUGCUGCAGUUUCCAAGCCAUCUGAAUGUAGCAGACAAGAAGUGGCAUCGACUAGAAGUCAGAACCAAUGGUCAGGAUGUUCGGUUCACUCUGGAUCAGUGCAGUGCAGCUGUUGUCUCGGAGAUAGAAGGAGUUGGCAAAUGGUUGUCCACUGAGGAUCGUACAAACUGUGAAGUGUUUGGGUCUGUCCCACGAAGAGCAAGGUAUUUGAAUGUGAACCAUGUUCUGCAGCUGGGUGGUGUAAAAGAAUCGUUGCCAUAUUCCUACCCACAACUGCUACACAAACAUUUCUCUGGUUGCUUGCGCAAUUUCAUACUGGAUACUCAGGUAUAUGACCUUCAGUCUCCUGCAGAGUCCCUGAAUAGCUUCCCUGGCUGCACGCUGACAGAUGAGAGCUGUGAGACCAUGGGAUCCUCUUCCUGUGGCAUUCACGGGAGGUGUCUUGGUGACUGGGGCUCGUUCUCGUGUCACUGUCUGCCGGGUUACCACGGUUAUCGGUGUGACAAAGCUGCCCAGGAAUACACCUUUGAGCCGGGGGCUCACAUCCGGUACCAGCUCCCGGUGAGCGUCUCUGCCCGCAGGACGCUGUUCCAGGCCAUGGUCCGCACUCGGCAGCCCGACAGUGUCAUCACCAGCAUGUUGUCUCGGAGGAAGGACGAGCACAUCACCCUGCAGCUUGUCCAGGGACUCUUGGUGGUCUCAUACAACCUGGGUGAUGGAGACUAUUCUGUAAGCCUUCCCUCCUACCACAUUGAUAAUGGUGAAUGGCAUCAUAUCACACUGGAGAGAAAUGAAAAUGAAUUUACUCUUCGCCUUUAUGAAGGAGGUGGGAAGAGAGAGAUUAUGAAAGCAGAAGGAUUAUACAAAGAGAUUGUGAUUGACCCCAGCAGCUUGGUCCUUGGAAACACCUAUCCAUUCAAUCAAAACAGGAGUUUUCAAGGAUGUAUGAAGGAUGUCAGAUUUAACAACUACAGAAUCCCUCUGGACACUCAGGGGAAGGAGCUGGUGUCAGUAUUGAGUGCCCAAGGCAUCAGAGAAGGCUGUUCUUCGGAGGCCUGUAGGAAUAACCCUUGUAACCAGGAAUUUAUUUGUAUUGAUUUGUGGAUGAUGCAUGAAUGCAGGUGCCCGCGGGGGCACAUGGUGGUGGAGAACGCGUCGGGCCGGCAGUGCGUGCGCACGGCGUGCGCGGAGCGGCCCUGCCACUACGGCACCUGCACCGCGCGCUCCCCGGCUGAGUUCCAGUGCCACUGCCCCGACGGAUACACCGGGCGCCACUGCGAGGUCACCCUGGCCAUCUUCCACAAGGACACGGGCCUCAGCUUCAGCUCCCUGUUCGCCAUCUGCGUCUGCUUCCUGGCGCUCUUAGGUAGUUACGGCAACUACGUCUUGUAUUACCUUUGGUGAGCUCACCUUUGGUGUCCGUCUUGUCCUGAGCUCUUGUCAUCUCAUCCUCCUGCUGGAAAACUCCAUUUCCUCAUGGAGACUUGACUCUGCCUUCAUUUCUUUGCCAUGAUCCCGGCUCUGGCAGUAACUGAUUGUUCAUCCCCGUGUGCACCCAUCGCUAAGUGAAUCAACGUUUGUGAGCUGUGGGAAGUCUCUGCAGUUUUUUUUUCUGCACAUUUGCACUUCACUUCUGACGAACUGUUCAGAUGCAUAAUUGGAAGGAAAUGCAACUGAACAGCAAGAGUGGAAAUUGCUACCAGAUAAGCAUUGUUUAAAAUACUGCUGAGCGUGAAACAGAUUUUUCAAUGCAGGAGAAACAUACAGUAGGAACAUACAAUAGGAAUACACUCCGUCAGGCAGGAGCAGACUUUGCAUCUUUCCAGUUGUGUCCCAGCUCCUAAACAGCUCCUUUUGUCUUCCUCAGCCAUUUUCAGGCUUAGGCAUUGAAUCUCAAAAAGAAGAGGAAAACCAGAAGGAUUUUUACUAGUGAGGAGAGAUCAUAUCUUUGAGCCUUUCUUGUUUAAUCAAAUGUCGUAAAAGUUUGCCUGAGUAAGGACACAGGAUUUUUCUCAUGGCUUUUAGAGUGUUAAUGCUGUUUCGUUCAGAAGUUGUAGUAAGAGUAUGGAAAUGUAUUGUGGACUCUCUGGAAUCCAUCUGUGUAGCUACCUGAAAUGCCAUCAUGUUCCUCAACUCUGCUAGAUACUAUGUUUGCCAUGCAAAUAUGAGCAGCAAAUUCGUGGGAAGCUAAGUGGUAUCACAGCUUUUGGAAUCCCAGAUAGCUGAGGUUGAUAAUAGAUCAUUGUUAGAGGGCAUGGACCUCUGUGUACCCCAGUUUCAGUCUCAAGGGUCAUUUAGAUGCUGCUCCAGACCUUCUGCCAUGUGGAUAUUCUGUAAGAGAUUCUAGUUUCUUUAAUUCACUGCAUUGUUAUUUUAUGGUAUUCAAUGCUUUGAGGUCUUACUAUGAGCAUUUAUCAAUUUUUAUAGAGUUGGUAACACUGUGAUACACAAUUUUCAAUUUAUAUUAUGUUCAUUAUCUGAUGUUGGAGCUUGUCAGUGUGUAAAAUGCACCUCAGCAUUUAAGAAAAACGUUUAAAUUCAUGAAUGCUAAGGCGAAAUGUGCCUGAUCUUUUUUUUCUAGUAAAACAUCUAAAAGUGA